UCCAUAUUAACACCCUCCUCCUCCUCCUCCGCCGGCGCCGCCGUCUCCUCCUCCUCCUCCUCUCCUCUCCCGCCCGUGCUCGGAAGCCAUCUCCCCCUUCCCCCUGACGCCUACCUCUUCCCCCCUCACCUUUCCCCCUCCCCUCUUCUACCAUGCCCGGCAUGAUGGAGAAAGGGCCCGAGUUACUGGGGAAGAACCGAUCGGCCAACGGCAGCGCCAAGAGCCCGGCGGGCGGCGGCGGCGGCGGCGGCGCCUCGUCCACGAACGGCGGGCUGCACUUCUCGGAGCCCGAGAGCGGCUGCAGCAGCGACGACGAGCACGGUGAUGUUGGGAUGAGAGUCGGAGCAGAAUAUCAAGCUCGGAUCCCCGAAUUUGAUCCAGGUGCUACAAAGUACACAGAUAAAGACAAUGGAGGAAUGCUUGUGUGGUCUCCAUAUCACAGUAUCCCAGAUGCCAAAUUGGAUGAAUAUAUUGCAAUUGCAAAGGAGAAACAUGGCUACAAUGUGGAACAGGCACUUGGCAUGUUGUUCUGGCAUAAACAUAACAUUGAGAAGUCCCUUGCUGAUCUCCCUAAUUUCACUCCCUUUCCGGAUGAGUGGACAGUGGAAGAUAAAGUCCUAUUUGAACAAGCCUUUAGUUUUCAUGGGAAGAGCUUUCACAGGAUUCAGCAAAUGCUUCCAGAUAAGACAAUUGCUAGCCUUGUGAAAUAUUACUAUUCCUGGAAAAAAACUCGAUCUAGGACAAGCUUAAUGGAUCGCCAGGCUCGUAAACUAGCCAAUAGACAUAAUCAGGGUGACAGUGAUGAUGACGUGGAAGAAACACACCCAGUGGAUGGAAACGAUAGUGAUUAUGAUCCCAAAAAAGAAGCCAAGAAAGAGGGUAAUACUGACCAGCCUGUCCAAACUAGCAAGAUUGGACUGGGGAGGAGAGAAUAUCAGAGUUUGCAACACCGCCAUCAUUCUCAGCGUUCUAAGUGCCGUCCACCUAAGGGCAUGUAUUUAACCCAAGAAGAUGUGGUAGCUGUUUCCUGUAGCCCCAAUGCAGCCAACACCAUCCUGAGGCAACUGGACAUGGAGUUGAUCUCUUUAAAACGUCAGGUUCAGAAUGCUAAGCAAGUAAACAGUGCGCUUAAACAGAAAAUGGAAGGUGGAAUUGAAGAAUUCAAGCCUCCUGAGUCAAAUCAGAAAAUUAAUGCCCGUUGGACCACAGAGGAGCAGCUUCUAGCAGUGCAAGGUGUCCGCAAAUAUGGUAAAGAUUUUCAAGCUAUUGCAGAUGUAAUUGGCAACAAGACUGUUGGCCAAGUGAAGAACUUCUUUGUAAACUACAGGCGUCGGUUUAACUUAGAGGAGGUAUUGCAGGAGUGGGAAGCAGAACAAGGAACCCAGGCUUCUAAUGGUGAUGCUUCUGCUUUAGGGGAGGAGACAAAAAGUGCUUCUAAUGUGCCAUCAGGGAAGAGCACUGACGAAGAAGAGGAGGCACAGACCCCACAGGCUCCUCGGACUCUGGGUCCAUCACCUCCUGCCCCGUCAUCCACUCCAACACCAACAGCCCCCGUGGCCGCUCUGAACCAGCCACCACCACUUCUUCGUCCAACACUGCCUGCUGCCCCAGCUCUUCACCGGCAGCCUCCUCCACUCCAGCAGCAGGCUCGGUUCAUCCAGCCCCGGCCAACUUUAAAUCAGCCUCCGCCACCUCUCAUCCGCCCCGCUAAUUCCAUGCCUCCCCGUCUAAAUCCAAGGCCAGUGUUGUCCGCGGUUGGCGGCCAACAGCCACCAUCACUUAUCGGAAUUCAGACAGACUCACAGUCCUCACUGCACUAAAGUUAGAUUGGACAGAGCUGCAGUAACUUUUCACCCAUCACCACACCAGUGCUUCUCUGACUGUUGAUGCAAAAGAGGGAAGAAGAAUCCUUCUAGAUACUGAGGCUGCAAACUAAUUCUGUGGCCAGUGGGCUCUCGUAAGUGGAUGUGUAAGGAAUUUUUUAGUUCAUGCAACUAAAAUGUUAAACACAACAGAAGGCCUACAGUUAGCCUCCUUUCUAGAGUAUACAUUCAGCGACAUGAUCUCGUUAAAGGAAAAGAGACUAAGUAUUCUAUUUACCAAGGUUUUUUUGUUUUGUUUUUACUGUAUUUAUUUUAUUGAGAAUCUUUAUAUUCCUGCCUCUUCAUAGUCAAGGCUCUUAGUACAGGAAUAUUGACUUAGGAAUUGUGAAAACUCCUUAAGUUUCAUAAGUUAAGGAUGUUCAACUAUUUCUCUCUUUUUCUUUAAUUUAAUUUUUAACAACAUUUUCCUAUGUUAGGAGUGCAAGAAUAGAUAACCUUCAUUUCAGAUUUUGACAUAUGUUCAUUUAAUGCAUAUUUAAGCAAUUAUAGCUGCAUAUCCCUUUUUUCAAAGACUUGCUUUUUUUUCUAAAGGAAUUUAAAUACAUUCCUUUAAAAGAAAGCAAUUUUAUCAAUUGCAAAGCAAUUAUAUGAAACCACAAAGAAUGUACUGAACCUACUAACCCUUUAACAUACAGUUUAGGGUCCUAGUGCAAAGUCCUUGCUUAAAGGUCAUUGACUUGCCAUCUUUCAGUAGUAAGAGGAUGGGAAUAAUUAUUUUACAUACAAUGAGGACUUCAUUUGUUAAAGUACAGUGUCUUUAAGUUCCUUAAAAAUGGAGUUAAUGCUUUUUUUUUUUUAAUGUUUCUAAAUGCUAUCUGCUUUUAACUGGUAGUUGCCUCCAUUUGGGGACUUUAGAAGAGAAUUAUAUUUUGUCAGUUAUGUGAAAAUAGUGGUUCUGGAAGCAUUUAUUUACAAUACCCUUUUUGUGUUCUGAACUUUAAAUUGCCCUCAUACUUAUUAAUAUGGUCUGCAUUUAAUAUAAAAGAUGUUUUCUUGAUCAAUCUCUAUUGUACUAUUUGGAUACAUUUAUGUAUUCCUUGCAGCCAACCUGUACUCAUGGGUUUGGUUUAGGGUUAAAUCAUUAUUAUUUCAUAAAAUAAAUUUAAGGAUUUGUUCUGUGUUAUCCAAAGAUACAUCAGUAUAUUGUCACAAUUGUGCUGUUAAAGUGCUGAGACCCUUUUUAUAAAGAAACAAAAAUUUCAGGUCUUCUCAAUUCAACACAGAAUCAUUAAGCACCUACAAAGAAUAUUUUACAAGUGAUAGUAUUUCAACAAUGUAUUACUAAUAUUUUUGAUACAGUGAUUUCAUAUUGGAAUCAUGACCUGCCUGUGCAA